AUGUCUUCCUCGUCAGAAAACGAGAAUCCUUCGCCGCUGCAUACGAAGCCGGUCCUGCGCAUGCCGUCGCCCCGCCGCAGGCCUCUCCAUGACAGAUCAAACUCUCGGAACAACGACUGGGCCGGACCAAGUAUCCGCAUGGUAGACGACCUGGAUGUGACGACUUAUGCGAAGACGCCAUUUCCAAACCAUCCCUCUCAAAUCUUAGCACCGCGCAGAGAGCCGCCUGGUUAUGCGUUCGGGGACAGGGGCUCUGGCGGUGCUCGAGUUUCGGAUGCUAGCUCGGCUACUAGGGUUCCAUCAACGGAAACGAGCAACCCCACGGAGGACUUGUAUCCCAAACCACUACAGUUGCGCAAAGGCCAGCGGGGUUCUGGUUCGGUAUCAAAUUCAGAUGUCGAGAGCGUCACGGAUGCGUCGCCAUGGACACCUGCUUCGUUCCGCUUGUCGCAAGACGUCAGUCCCCCGUCCACACCAGGCGUUGCACGAAAUUCCCUAUUACCACCAGGCGGCUUAGACAUCGUCAAGGAGGAGUCGCCGCCAUUGCCACCGCAACAGGAACAGCAGCCUCUACAGACUCUACAGCCUCUGCAAGACCAGCCCACGAUACGCGCCGUUCACCCAUCAAGCGCUGCUCCUUCACAACCACUCACCUCGGCGCAGUCAAAAGCCUCUCUCACUUCCUCCACCUCCACCGACACUCUUGUUCUUCACUACGGCAUCGAAGAGCGCAGUAAUUCCUCAAGUUCUGACCUUGCCUUUCCACGUCCACCUUCACCUGUUCGACAGGCCAAAACACCGACAUAUGCGCAACCACGUGUAGCGAAGCGGGCUUCAUCUGCACUACCAGCCUCUCCUUCUCGACCGAAGAUUAACCAAUCAUCCGACUCUCUGGCCUCUCUGGAUUCAAACUCUUCGGAACGCCCUCGAUCAUCAUCUGCGCCCGUCUGCGUGCCUCAUGUUUCUUUCACUGCGGGAACAGAACGCCCGAGUGUUGUUCAGUAUCCGGUAGUCCGGGCACCGCAAUCGAGCGGUUCUUGGGCGCAAUCCUCUCAGGCUGUACCACGUCAGAAAUCCAAGAAAGCCUCGCGAAUGAGUGAUCGGUUUUCGGGCCGGCCCUUGAACACGCAGCUCUCCAACAAUCCUUCAGCGUCUGGACAAGCAUCCCAAUCAUCGCAGACACGCCCGCAGUCGAAUGUGAAAGUGCUGAGCUCAGUCCCGGAGCGCAAGCCUGUGCCUCGUAGCAGGGUUGUAGAGCAGCCAUCGGCGGAGUCACUGACGGUGCCUCAACGGACACUUUCGAAUGUGCGACCGCACGACUGGAGGGAUUCGGAUGAGCAUCAUGAUGUAGUCACGGAGCUUCAAUCGCCGCCUCUCAGAAAGCAGCGUUCUGGCUACUUUAGCAGGUUCUCGUCCGAGUCACGGCCCAACUCAUCACGUGGCAGCGGCUCCAGACCGAGCUCGUCAUCGUCGGAUGUUGCGCACUUUAUCGCCAACACGAUACCUGCUUGGGCGAGAUACUACUACCAGAGAGGUGAGCGAGGCGCCGACUUGGCCGUGGAUGGUGACUGCCGAAGAGACUCGGUGCACAGCGAGGGCACCAGCGUCAGCAGCGAGCCCAACUACCGUGUAUGGCGUCCACGCACCAGACCUCGGCCAGGUGAUGAAUCGACGGAUUCUCUCGCCAUCUCUGAAGCGCGCGUGGAGCAGGAGGCAUAUGUGCAGGGAGGACGUCGGCAGCCGAUGAACGAGCCAUGGGCACCUCGUCUUCGACGCGACAAACGGCCAAUAUCGCGCAUCAGUGCGUGGCGAGCACCGUCGUUUGAUGACGCGUUCAACUUUCUGUCCUGGUCGCAAGGCAAUCGACAGGUGCUCUUGUUCUGUCUUGGCUUCUUCUUCCCCCCGUUAUGGAUCAUGGCCUCGUUCCUCUACGUUCGACCGCCGGAAUGCCACGAGAAAGAUGCGACGCCGGGCCAGGUGGAGGCAGCAAUGGCAGAGCACAUGGGGCAGAUUGACGAGAUCCGGUACCAGAAGGCGCGCUGGUGGCGGAACCUCAACCGCAUCAUGUCGGUCGUCGGCGUGGCUCUAAUAGUAACAAUCGUGAGUGUGAGGGCCUGA